AUCUGAUUCUACGUUACUGAUCGAUUGAGUUAAGCCGCUCCUUCCACAAUGUCACACUAUACCACCUCCCUCACCAACCACACCACUGAGAACUAUCUCAAGCACGCCGAGUUCGUCUUCUCGGACCAGCAUGCAUCCCCGAUCCUUAGUAUGCUGAACCCUCAGCCUGGUCAAGCGAUUGUCGAUCUCGGUGCUGGCACAGGGCACCUUACUGUCAAGAUCAAGCAGGCUGUAGGCGACUCCGGAACCGUCGUAGGCAUCGACUCCAGCGAAGACAUGCUCAAACAUGCAAACAUCAGCGCGGUUCAGCUGGGCAUCCGAUACUUCAAGGGAGACAUCCAGGAUUACACCACUCUCGACCCCUGCCUCGAGGGCAAGUUCGACCUCGCCUUCUCUUCGGCGACGUUCCACUGGUGCAAGGCCUACCCUGGGGGCGUGGUGGAGACAAUCAAGUGGCUUCUUAAACCGGGCGGACGAGCCGUAUUUGAGUUUGGUGGAUUUGGGAACACGGUUGGGGUUCGAGCUGCCCUUCACGAGGUUGUCAAUCGCCACGGCGGUGAUGCCACCAAAGUUGACCCGUGGUAUUUCCCAACUGCUCAGCAAUACUCUAAGCUUUUGAUCAAGCAUGGUAUGCAGCCGCAGCAGGUGCACCUCGUCCCUCGCCCAACGCCUUUGUCUACGGAUAUGGUUGGUUGGCUAAAGACCUUUGCGCGCAAUACCUUUAUGGCGGAGUUUGAUCAGAAGGAGGCCGACGAGAUGAUGAAGGAGGUGAGCGAGAUGACUCGACCCGACGCGUUUUGGUGUGAUUCGGCUCCCGGCACGGGGAUGGUUGCGGCCUCAACUUGCGGGCAGGGCUGUGCGAGUGGAUGGGAGAUAAUGUACGUCCGCCUGCGGGGAAUAGCCCACAAGGCGUCUUAAGUUGCGGACCCCCCGGACCUCUCUAUGUAUGACCGAGUCUCUCGCUCUCAUCCGUGGAGUUUGCCAUUUUAAGGCAUAGCUUCCAUGCGUCUGCGUGUCUAACAAGGUUGGCAUUCGAGCUGCGUUGAGCCAGACAACCUUCCUUCUACUACAGCUCCACACCGCACACCUGGCUCAUUGUGCGGCCUGCUGCAACGUCAAUUAUAAUGCCACUUUCUUCUCUUACUCUUCACGCUGCGACCAUACCUGAGGCCCUCCUCCCCUUCCGCAUCCCAAUCGAGGUCGUCGACGCCCGCAGGCAGGCGAACAAGCCAAUCUCUCCUUCGCUCUCCCGUGCUAUUGUAGUGAUCGUGUCCCGAGUAGGUAAGCAUGAACG